CCCCUCGGUGUUGUCCAGGUUCUAACCUGCCGCUCAGGUUCCUGGUGGCGGCCCCGCCCCUGUCCGGGGCCCAGCCCUGCCGCGUCCUCCGUGCGCAGGAGCCCGUGUGGACAGACGGGCGGACGGACGCGGGGCGAGGGGACCCGCGAGCAGCAGGGCUGAGCGCUCUGGGCCUGGCCUCGGGCCGCGCUGGGACCUGCCAGCCGCCACUGGCCGCGGAGGACACCAUGAGCCAGUCGGGGUCUCUGAGCUGCUGCCCAGGCGCCGCCAACGGCAGCCUGGGCCGGUCUGACAGCGCCGCCAAGAUGAGUGCCAAGGACCUGUUCGAGCAGAGGAAGAAGUACUCCAACUCCAACGUCAUCAUGCACGAGACUUCGCAGUACCACGUGCAGCACCUGGCCACCUUCAUCAUGGACAAGAGCGAGGCCAUCGUGUCCGUGGAGGACGCCGUGCGGAAGCUGGUGCAGCUGAGCGCCAAGGAGAAGAUCUGGGCGCAGGAGAUGCUGCUGCAGGUCAACGACCAGGCGCUGCGGCUGCUGGACAUGGAGACCCAGGAGGAGCUGGAGAACUUCCCGCUGCCCACCGUGCGGCAUAGCCAGACGGUGCUCAACCAGCUGCGCUACCCGUCUGUGCUGCUGCUCGUGUGCCAGGACUCGGAGCAGAGCAAGCCCGACAUCCACUUCUUCCACUGCGACGAGGUGGAGGCGGAGUUGGUGCACGAGGACAUCGAGAGCGCGCUGGCCGACUGCCGGCUGGGGAAGAAGAUGCGGCCCCAGACCCUCAAGGGCCACCAGGAGAAGAUCCGGCAGCGGCUGUCGGUGCUGCCCCCGCGCCAGGGCCCCGCGCCCGUGCCCUUCCAGCCCUUCGCCCAGAGCUCGCCCCCCAAGAACCGCGUGGGCCCGCCCGUGCCGCCCAGCGAGCCAGGCUACCGCGCCCAGGAGGCUGCGGAUGAGGAGCCCCCGCGAGCCGUGCUGGCCCAGAGGAUAGAGAAGGAGACGCAAAUCCUCAACUGCGCGCUGGACGACAUCGAGUGGUUCGUGGCCCGUCUGCAGAAGGCGGCCGAGGCCUUCAAGCAGCUCAACCAGCGCAAGAAGGGCAAGAGGAAGGGCAAGCGGGGCCCGGCAGAGGGGGUCCUCACGCUGCGGGCGCGGCCGCCCUCCGAGGCCGAGUUCGUGGACUGUUUCCAGAAAACCAAGCUGGCCAUCAACCUGCUGGCCAAGCUGCAGAAGCACAUCCAGAACCCGAGCGCCGCCGAGCUGGUCCACUUCCUCUUCGGGCCGCUGGACCUGAUCGUCAGCACCUGCGGCGGCCCGGACAUCGCGCGCUCCGUGCACAGCCCCCUGCUCUCCCGGGACGCCGUGGGCUUCCUGCGGGGCCACCUGGUCCCCAAGGAGAUGGCGCUGUGGGACUCGCUGGGGGAGGCGUGGACGCGCCCCCGCUCCGAGUGGCCCCGGGAGCCGCAGCAGCUGCUCUACGUGCCCAAGUUCCACAGCGGCUGGGAGCCGCCGCUGGACGUGCUGCGGGAGGCGCCCUGGGAGGUGGAGGGGCCGGCCGCCCCCGGCGCCGAGCCCUCCCCGCCCUCCCCCGGCCGCCGGUCCUUCCGGAACUCCGUGAAGCAGAGCCUGGUGCCCGAGCCCGCGUCCCCCGGGGAUGCGCUCCCCUCCCCGCACGCGCACAGGGGCUACGAAGCCACGCCGGCCAUGGCCAAGUACGUCAAGGUUCUCUACGACUUCACCGCCCGCAACGCCAACGAGCUGUCGGUGCUCAGGGACGAGGUCCUGGAGGUGCUGGAGGACGGGCACCAGUGGUGGAAGCUGCGCAGUCGCAGCGGCCAGGCUGGCUACGUGCCCCGAAACAUCCUGGAUGAGGUCCGGGCAGAGGAGGCCGGUGCCCCCCACGAGGUGAGGGUGAUGGGGGCGGGUCUGAAGUACUGGGGUCCUGCCAGCCCCACCCACAAGCUGCCCUCUAGCUUCACCGGAAACAAAGACGAGCUCAUCCACCACAUGGACGAGGUCAACGACGAGCUGGUCAAGAAGAUCAGCCACAUCAAGGCGCAGCCGCAGCGGCACUUCCGCGUGGAGCGCAGCCAGCCCGUGCACCUGCCGCUCACCUACGAGUCCGGCCCGGACCAGGUGCGCGCCUGGCUGGAAGCCAAGGCCUUCAGCGCCAGGAUUGUGGACAACCUGGGCAUCCUGACGGGGCCCCAGCUCUUCUCGCUCAACAAGGACGAGCUGAAGAAGGUGUGCGGGGAGGAGGGCAUCCGCGUGUACAGCCAGCUCACCGUGCAGAAGGCAGUGCUGGAGGCUGAGGCCGACUCUCCCGCCCCAGAAGCAGCACGGAGGGUCGGAGCUGGAGGAACUCAUGAGCAAGUUCCAUUCCAAGAGGCUGGAGGGGGACAGCUAGGCCCGGCUGGAGACCCGCGCCGGCCCACCGCGUGGAGUAGUGUUUGUAUGCGUGUGCAUUUGUACGGACAUGGGGCAGCUCACCUGGUGGGCAGUUCACCUGCCUCCUGCCCACGGCCCACCUCACCGCCUGCCCACGGCCCACCUCAGCCAAACUUGCCGCCUGGAGGUGCCAGCCCCACCCAGCUCUCCCCACCUCCCCCCACCUCUGGCCACCUCCAUCCACAAGGGGUCCCUGGGCCUCUGCCCCUGUCCCACUUACAUGACUGCCCCCAUCCACUGGUACUCCCUGUAACCGCCCCCCCCGGCUGGCCGUGGGCCCGAGGGCAGCAGCACACCUCAGCCACUCAGCACCCAGCCAUCCAGCGCCCACCCUGUGCUCUGCUCCCCGGUGGCCAGAAGCAGGUGCAGACUGGACUCACCCAAGCACUGGCCUGGUCAUCCCACCCACCCCCACUGCCCACACCCCAAUUGCCCACACACCCCUUGCCUGCACCCCCACUGCCUGCACCCCCCUGCCCAAACCCCCAUUGCCCACACCCCCCUGCCCACACCCCCGCCCAUCCCUGAAGCAGAGCCCAAGAAUGGACUGUCUGGCCAGCCUCAGGCCAGCCUGGCCCUGUGUGCUGAGCCAGGGCCUGGGAGGCCUGGAGCCCUGGACUCAGACCACGCCCCAGAACUGAGAGCCACACUCCGAGGCGCUGACAUUAAACCAGUUUUCUCCUCG